AUGACGGUGCUCUCGAACGUGUUGCUCGCGCUCGCAAUGCACCCCGAGGCUUUCGCGCGCGGACAGGCGGAGACGGACCGCGUCGUGGCGCGCACGCGCGAUACGGUCUACUUGCUAUGGGAGCUAUUGCACGACCGCAUGCAGACCUUCAAGGACGGUGUUGCGGGGUGGGUGGAUGCGCAUCGUUCAUACGGCGGCAAUGACAAUGGCAGCGGUUGGAAAACAAAGAAAAUCGACAAAGAUAUUCACUUCGAAGACGGAAAUGUGAUCCUCGCUGUUGAGGAUGUAGAGUUCAAGCUCUAUCGAGGAAUUUUGAUCAAGCACUCCUCGGUAUUCGCGGAUCUGCUCGCUGCGGCGCCUCCCUCUCUGUCGUCAACCGGCGCGCCCAGUCCUUCAACGGGGAAAGCGGAACCGCGCGUCACUGAGUCUGCACGUACGGUGGUGGUGCUGAAGGACUCGGUGCGAGACUGGCGACACGUUCUUCGUGCUCUAUUUCAAGGGACCAUGUUAUCCGAGUACUUCUCCCCGCUCAUAUGCACUGAGCUGCGAUGUCUGACAUACCUCAGUGUGAUCGCAGGCGGCAAUUCAACGACGUGGAGUCCCUCGUUUGACCAGCUUUCCGCUUACGCCCGUCUAGGACACAAGUACAAGAUAUCAGCGGUCUAUGACCCCUCGAUGGUGUACCUGAGACGGUACUUCAAGCCCACGCUUGCUAAAUGGAAGCAAAGAUCUACCGGACCCGGCUUGGAGCCGUACACCAUGCCUUUGGGCAGGCCCGAGCACAGCAUCGGAGUUGUCAACCUCGCACGACAGAUGGGCUGUCUGUCGCUUCUGCCCCUCGCUCUGUUGUGUUGCUGCCAGCUGGGUCCUCGAAUGGAUGGUGGGUUCGUUUACAGCAAUGGAGAGAAGGAGAUGUUGUCAGGCGAGGAUACCCUACUCUACCUCAAGUCUGUCCCAGCAAUCGCGUCUUACGGCGUCGCGAAUAGCCUGUCCUUUGCAGCCAUUCCCACCACCUCGAAGUGCAAGAAAGACGGCUGCGUUUCGGCCGUCGUGAAAGCCAUGCGGGAUCGAAAAGUGCUUCAACCUAGCCCGUUCAUCCAGACCGAUAACGUGGCGCUUUGCAUGGGAUGUAGGCAAUGCGUCGACAGGAUGAACGAACAAGCGCUGAAAGACCUCCCAUCGCUCUUCGAACAUCCCGGAACCUGUUAUGCAGACACCAAGGCUGGUAGGGGUACGAUGACCGUUCUCCCGAACCCCACAGAAUGCCUCUGCUGA